AUGGGCGUGGGGGCGGGUAGCGGUGGUGGCAGCGGCGGUGGUUCAUCGCAGGGCGGCGGCGGCGGUGCGGGGUCCGGUAUCGGCGGGACGGGGGUGGCGGGGGGCGGGGGGCGGGUGAAGGACGACGGGACGGGCCGUCGGGCGGAGAGGGGACGUCUGAGCACGCUGCUCGACCAGCUCAAGGAUGAAAUCGAUUUCCACGCCGCUGCGAAGAGGGAUAUGGAUCUGGAACUGAAACGGGUGAGGCAACGGCAUCGCUUGAUGGAGGACCGGGCGGCGGAAGAGAAGCAGAAAACCGCUGCAUCGGAAGCUAAGGUGGCCAAGCUCCAGGCCAAGAACAAGUUCCUCAGCGAGGAGAACACGAAGCUGAAGCAGAUCUUGCAGCAGAUCCAGGACCCGCGGUCGCCCCAACGGCGAAGAUCGAGCGAUCCGGUUGGGGCAGAGACGGUCCAGGUUGAACGGCUGGAGAGCAUGGGAUAUGGCGGUGCCGUCGAGGGGUUUGUGUCGGAGUUUCGCUGGGCCUGCUCACCGGCCUUGCGUUGCUCCUACCAUUGUACACUGAAUGUUGCCGGCGUCGGCGUGUGA